GUGGGGGGACGCCUGCGCGGCCGUGCGCCCCCGGGACAACCCGGCCUGCGCCCACCUGCGACCAGGCGCUCCGCGGAGGGCAGAGCGGGCUGCGCCAGGCUCCUCAGCGUCAGGCCGGGGCCGCCGUCCUAACCCCGCGACGGCACGAACACGCAAGACUCGGCGUCAGUGCGCGCAAGGCGGGAGGGUUAUCAGGCUCAGCCAGACACGGCCCGUUUCCUGGGCUUUCCGCUCUUUCUGCGCUGCAGAGGGGGAAAGGGGCCUAGAGUCGUGCGGGUUCCGGACUCCGGUCUCCGGUCUCCGGGUUCUCAGUGAGGCCUGGUUACUGCUCCCGCCCGGCCACCCACAUUCUCCAGUUGUAUCCCCAACCCGACUCUGCAGCCUCGGGCCGCGCCGUGGUUGCCCGGGAAACGCACGCUCCUGCGCAGGGAUUCCUGGGCUCUGGAGUCCGCCGGCGGCCUCACCGCAGCCGGCCGCUCACGGGAGAACUACAAUUCCCGGGAAGCCGCGCGGCGAACGGGCGGAGAGGUGGGCGGGGCCUUUACCUGCUGGGGUGUCUGCGCCGAGCGCCAGCCGCAGAGGAAGAUGGCGUCGCGGAGGGUUGGGUCGUCCCUUCGCGCGCUCGCGGCGCUGCUGCUGCUGCUGCUGUUCCUGCUUGGGCUCCGGCCCGCGGCGAGCCACGGCGGCAAGUACUCGCGGGAGAAGAACCAGCCCGAGUCGCCUCCGAAGCGCGAGUCCCAGGAGGAGUUCCGCAUGGAGAAGCUGAACCAGCUGUGGGAGAAGGCCCGGCGGCUCCAUCUUCCUCCCGUGAGGCUGGCCGAGCUCCACGCUGAUCUGAAGAUGCAGGAGAGGGACGAACUUGCCUGGAAGAAACUGAAGCUCGAGGGUCUGGAUGAAGACGGGGAGAAGGAAGCUAGACUCAUACGCAACCUCAGUGUCAUCCUGGCCAAAUAUGGUCUGGACGGGAAGAAGGACACUCGGCAGGUGACCAGCAACUCUCUCAGUGACACCCAGGAAGACGGGCUGGAUGACCCCAGGCUGGAAAAGUUGUGGCACAAGGCAAAGACCUCUGGGAAAUUCUCCAGUGAAGAGCUGGACAAGCUCUGGCGGGAGUUCCUGCAUCACAAAGAGAAAGUCCAGGAGUACAACGUCCUGCUGGACACCCUGAGUAGGACCGAAGAAAUCCACGAGAACGUCAUCAGCCCCUCAGACCUGAGCGACAUCAAGGGCGACGUCCUGCACAGCAGGCACAUGGAGCUGAAGGAGCGGCUGCACAGCAUCAACCAGGGCCUGGACCGCCUGCGCAGGCUCAGCCACCAGGGCUACGACACCGAGGCUGAGUUCGAGGAGCCCAGGGUGAUUGACCUGUGGGACCUGGCGCAGUCCGCCAACCUCACCGAGAAGGAGCUGCAGGCGCUCCGGGAGGAGCUCAAGCACUUUGAAGCCAAAAUCGAGAAGCACAACCACUACCAGAAGCAGCUGGAGAUCGCGCACGAGAAGCUGAGGCACGCGGAGAGUGUGGGCGACGGCGAGCGUGUGAGCCGCAGCCGCGAGAAGCAUGCCCUGCUGGAGGGGCGGACCAAGGAGCUGGGCUACACGGUGAAGAAGCAUCUCCAGGACCUGUCCAGCAGGAUCUCCAGAGCCCGGCACAACGAGCUGUGAAGGUGUCGGGAGCCAGCCCGGCGGGGGGCGUGGACUCCUGGCCGUGGCGUUCCCGUGGACAGCCCACCAUGAGGGUACAGCCCGCCUCAAGGGUGGCUGGGGCUGGCACAGGUGUCGCAGCAGGAAGGCUUGUUUCUGGGGACUGCAGCCGCUGCUGUCCCGACACAGGACUUGGUGGUGGUCACGUCAAGGUCUGAGAUCGGUCUAGCUCUGACCGAGGGGGCUUGGCUUCCGCUCAGCAUCAGCGUGGCAGUCACCGCCCCGGGAGGACCUCCAUGUCUACCCACUGUGGGUCUGCCAGUUCUCUGCUAAAACAACACAGUUACAGAAAAAAAUCUUACACGUCUGCCACUGGAAGUUCUAUGUACAGAGUCCUUAAAAAUUAUAGUGCAGUAUUUAAACCACC